AUGAAUACCGGACUGCUGCCGACCGAGCUUGUCGAGGACGUCCAGAGGCCUGCCGUGGACCCGCAUGCAAGUGAAAGACGGAUGCCGAAGUGCGAGUCACAUUGCAGACCCCCUGGUCAUCGCCACAUGGCUGGAUCUUAUGCAGAGCACUUGCUGAUUGGUCUUGGUGCUAGCGCGGCGACUCUCCAACAGCCGGGGUGGUUGCCCACGUUAGUGACUGUAUCGUGUCUUAGAAAUUGGAAUCCAUUAUCCGAGGGGUGCGAGCAACGGAUGUUGUCCGAGCCCCAGGCCCACCACCCGGGUCUGAAAGAAAUCUCAACUCGGGCGACUGAUUGGGAAGCGGCUAUACUAAGGCAUCUGAGCGGUCAGGCCAUGAGAGGGAAGAUGUCAUGGCGCGCUGAUGUUGGAAUUUGGGGGGGCCGCGUGACUCCACGGGACUUUCCCCACCAUCUGGAAAUGCUUAGCUUGCUUGUUGUCGGCGUGGCACUCUCCCUACCGUCGAAUGACCCAACGCCACCGUGGCAUUUAAUAAUCGCGCGCCCACCAAGUACCCAGUUGACUUUGCCGAUUCCCGAACAUAAGGUUCCGGGUAGCAUGUCAUCAUGCAUGGUGAGGCCCUCCAUCACCCGGACGCAAAAGCCAGUUCAGAAACGCCAAGACUGUUUUAGCCGGCUUUGGGCGUGGAAUGGCGGUAAUUUUGCUUCCCUCGCAUUCAGGCCGAGAAGGUCCAGUUGUCUUGAAAGGGGACUAAUGUACUCAGUGUCAGACCAUGAGCACUAUGCAGGACGCAACCACUAA